AUGUAUUGGGCUUAUUUUAUCAUGACAUUUAUAUUGUUCGAAUUUGUUUGGAUAACUUUAGAAUUAAAUCAAAAACAUUCAAACAAAAGAAUAAUAAAAUUGCAUACCUUCACUAAUGUUAUUGUGGCUAAGCAAACAAAAAAACAUUAUAAUAGUAGAAUAUGGCAAAAUGUAGAAAAAAAUAAAAUUGAAAAUUUAAUCGAUUUACACACGGAACAACUUGUACAUAAAUCUGUGAAAAAUGGUAUGUUUUCUUCUUACCACUCUCUAUGCAAUAAGAGGAACGACCAAAUGGGGGAUCCACCCCACAAGGUUAAUACUGACAACAAAAUUUUAUUCUUGAAUAUACAAAAGGAGAUAUUUAAAAGCUGUGAAAAUAGUUUUAGUGAAAAAAUAUAUGAAAAUAUUUUUAAAAAUCAAAAAAAAUAUUGUAAUAAUUCAAAAAAUCCACCUUAUGUUUUUCAUCCAAUAUACUCAAGUGUUGAGAGAAAAGUAAACAACUCAAACAGACAUACAUAUACAAACCGAUUUAAGCUUAAUAAAUAUAAAAAUAUAUUUAAUUAUUUAAAUAAAAAAGAAGAAUGUAUAUAUGAAAAUAAUUAUAUUAUUCCAUCAUGUGAUAUUACUAAAAUAAAAAAGUCUAUAUUUACUAUUCAUAAUACAAAUUUUAUAAAUAAAAUGUUUAACAUAAUAAAACAUAAUGAAGAAAUAAAAUUAUAUGAAUUAGAUUUAUUCUCAGAUUUAAUAGUUAGAUAUUUAAUUGAAAUAAAUGGAACAGUAUUAAGUUCGUUGUUGGCUUUAAAACAUUCUAUGUGUAUGCAUAUAGGUGGGGGUAACCAUCAUUCAAAAAGAGAUAAAGGGGAUGGCUUCUGUAUAUUUAAUGAUAUAGCUAUAGCUAUUGAUUUUUUAUUACUUUACAAAAUUAUUAAAAAUGUUAUCAUAUUAGAUGUUGAUGUACAUCAAGGUGAUGGUACAGCAGAAAUAUUUCAAAAUCAUAAACAUGUCAAAACAAUAAGUUUACAUUGUAAAGAUAAUUAUCCAUUUAUAAAAAAAAAAUCAACUAUUGAUAUAGAAUUAAAUUCAUAUAUAGAAGAUGAUGAAUAUUUAAAAAUAUAUCAAAAUAUUUUAAAUAAUAUUAAACCUCAAAAAGAGUCUAUAAUUUUUUAUUUAGCUGGUGUAGAUAUAAGCAAAGAUGAUGAUUUAGGUUUACUUUUAAUCUCAGACCAUGGAAUAUAUACUAGAGAUUAUAUAACUUAUCAAAUGGCUUUUAAAAAUAAAAUUCCUAUUGUUACUUUACUUUCUGGGGGAUACAAUGAAUGUGAUCAGACAUUAUCUGAAAAACAUGCUCUCACUUUUCGGGCUGCUAAAGCGGCAUGGGCCACAAGGAGGGAACAUGGAUAA